UCGAACGCCACUGUAUGCACACGCACAAUUCAGUCGAUAUAUUAAUGUAUUAUCUAAAUAUUUAUUAUGAUAAUGACGUGUACAUUAUAGUGGAAACCCGUAGGCAUAUACCGUACUACAUUAACCUCGGUAGGUCAUUAAAUCUUGAUACACAAUAUAUUUUAUAACAGUAUAUAUAUGCAUAAUAUACUCGCGGGUGGAAAAGCCCGUCCGCAGACUUCCUUUAUAAUACAGCGCACGUCCGACGAACGAUCAUAGUCGCAACCCGAAGAUUGACAAUAGUCUUCCAAGUUCCAACGUUUUCUGAACUCGUCUUGUGAAAAAACACUACACAAUCACUCGUCAACAUGAAUUUUCUGACAAUUGUAUUGGUUAUUGCAUUGGUCGGUUAUUCACUGGGUGCACCACAAUACAGUCAUUAUGAAUUAGACGACGAAUACGAACACGUCAACCCAGAACCUCGAUAUAAUAGCGGUGAUUGUAAUUGUAACGGCCGAGAACAUGGUGACAGCCGAGAAAAUGGUGACAGCCGAGAAAAUGGUGACAGCCGAGAAAAUGGUGACAGCCAAGAACAAGGUGAAGUUUUAUGCCAAGGUCGUGUUCACAAACAAAAACCAAGUAGAACCCGAAACCAACUUGGUGGAUACCAUAUACCAGUACAACAAUAUUAUGCCAAUAAUCCAGGAUACAGUGGAGGUUUACAACAAAACUACCAAGGUUGGCGUUUACCACCAUACAGCCAAGGUGGACCUGGUUUAUAUCAUCCAAGAUACGCUACGGAACGAUACUAAAACUUCAAUCACAACGUAAAUUCCAUUCGAAUCCCGUAUAUCACUUUUUUCUUGGACGUACCUGCGACUUAAACGUCAUAUUAUAAUAGAGUUGUCGCCUAGUAUUAUUAGUUAUUUCAUUAUUAUUUAUAACUAAAUUGUAAAUUUGUUUACAAUACUGUACCUAUACAUUGUUCUAUAAGAUUUUGAACUGUAAUGUUAUAACUCAAUAUAAUAAUGUCUAUACAUUUAUUUCUUUGGUGUAAUAUAUUGUUGUUAUAUACAGGUA